AUGAAGUCCGCUCCUCUCUUGGGAGCCAUUCUCGCCGUGGUGGUUGAUGCUGCGCCAACCGUCGACGAGCUUUAUCCCUAUGCUGGGCCCAAGGUUCCCGUGGGCGACUGGCUUGACCCGACUGUCAAUGGCAAUGGCAAGGGAUUUGCGCGACUGGUAGAGCCGCCUGCUGUGAAGCCAGCUUCUUCAAGCCCGACCAACAACGUCAACGUCAUUUCCCUUGCAUACGUACCAAAUGGCAUCAACAUCCACUAUCAGACGCCCUUUGGUUUGGGAGAGGCUCCCUCUGUCGUCUGGGGUACCAGUGCAUCUGACCUCAGCAAUACCGCUACCGGCAAAUCUGUGACAUAUGGCCGUACUCCUUCGUGCUCUUCCGUUGUGGUCACACAGUGCAGCGAGUUCUUCCACGAUGUCCAGAUUGGCAACCUGAAGCCCGGAAAGACCUACUAUUACCAGAUUCCGGCAGCCAACGGUACCACUGCAUCCGAUGUUCUGUCUUUUACGACUGCAAAGGAGGCAGGUGAUGCCUCUGAAUUCACAAUUGCUAUCAUCAAUGACAUGGGCUACACUAACGCUGGUGGAACUUACAAAUAUCUGAACAAGGCCAUCGACAAUGGCGCCGCAUUCAUUUGGCACGGAGGCGACAUUAGCUAUGCCGAUGAUUGGUAUUCUGGAAUUCUUCCUUGCGAAAGUGACUGGCCUGUCUGCUAUAAUGGCACCUCUACUCAGCUGCCUGGAGGUGGCCCCAUUCCGGAGGAGUACGACACUCCUCUCCCGGCCGGAGAAGUUGCCAACCAAGGUGGUCCUCAGGGUGGAGAUAUGAGUGUCCUAUAUGAGUCGAAUUGGGAUCUCUGGCAGCAAUGGAUGAACUCCGUCACUCUCAAGGCCCCGCAUAUGGUCCUGCCCGGUAAUCACGAAGCCAGCUGCGCCGAAUUUGAUGGCCCCGGCAACCCUCUCACGGCUUACUUGAACAAGAACCAGCCCAAUGGCAGUGCUGCCAAGUCUUCCCUUACAUAUUAUAGCUGCCCGCCUUCUCAGAGGAACUUUACGGCCUUCCAAAACCGAUUCCGCAUGCCCGGAGCCGAGACUGGCGGUGUUGGUAACUUUUGGUAUUCAUUCGAUUAUGGCCUGGCCCAUUUCGUUUCCCUUGACGGAGAGACGGAUUACCCCAGCAGCCCCGAGUGGCCAUUUGCCAAGGAUGUGAAGGGGAACCAAACGCACCCUUUUGCCAACCAGACAUAUGUUACCGACAGUGGUCCAUUCGGCGCGGUUGAUGGUGACUACAACGACCGAAAUGCCUAUGCUCAGUACCAGUGGUUGAAGAAGGAUUUGGAGAGUGUCGAUCGCUGCAAGACCCCUUGGGUUAUUGCCAUGAGCCAUCGCCCAUUCUAUAGUUCCCAGGUCUCAGCAUACCAAAAGACCAUUCGCGCGGCUUUUGAAGAUCUUAUGCUGCAAAAUGGAGUCGAUCUAUAUAUCUCUGCACACAUUCACUGGUAUGAGCGUCUUCUUCCUCUUGGAAGUAACGGCACAAUCGACCAGGCCUCUGUGAUCAACAACAACACCUACUGGACAAACCCAGGAUUUUCCAUGGCCCACAUCAUCAACGGAGCUGCAGGAAACAUUGAGAGCCACAGCACUCUUGGCUCAGAUCCUCUCUUGAACAUUACUACGUACCUUGACCAGACCAACUUUGGACUUGGUGAACUGACUGUUUACAACGCCACUGCGCUUUCAUGGAGCUACAUUCACGGCGCGGAUGGCUCCACGGGCGAUGAGCUUACUCUUUUGAAGCGAGAUGUAAAGGGAACCUGUGGCUCCUCUGGCAGCUCUUCCGCAGCCACCAGCGUCGUCGCUGCGACAUCUACCUCUCAGGCAGCCGGUGCAACGACGAUCACCGAAGUCGUCACCAGCUACACAACUUACUGCCCAGGUAGCACUGUUUUCACAGCCGGCUCCAGCACUUACACUGCUACUACCCUCACCAUCACUGAUUGCCCCUGCACACUUACCCACACCGUCUCGAAUGGAGCCACAAUAACUUCCCAGAGCACACCCGCCGGUGCGACCGAGCCAGCAACAAGCUCUCCCGUGGCAUGGAACACCACAUUGCCUACUGGAGGAGUGACCACCACCACCACUGGUGGCGUUACUGCUCCCACUGUGCCCGUUGGCAGCAGCGCGAGCCGCACAUUGGUUGUUCCAGGCUUCGCCUGCGUCUUUUUGGCUUUGCUGUCACUUCUAUAG